AUGUAUCAAACGAUAUAUUCAAAGAUUAUUGGUGAUUGGGGUUAUCAAGGAAAAACUGAUAAUAACACUUUUUACGGUGAAGAUCAAUUGAAAGUUGCUCGAAAUUUAGAAAAAUAUGCUAAUUUACAUGAUACUAAAUUCAUUAUAAAUGUUGGCGAUAGUUUUUAUAAAAGUAAUAAAGACGAUUAUCAAGGUGUCGAGAGCGUUGAAGAUGAAAAAUGGAAUACUACUUGGUUGAAUAUUUAUAAAGAUAAAUUAAGCGAGAUACCUUGGUAUAGCGUCGCCGGAAAUCAUGAUUGGUACAAUGAUAUAAAUGCUCAGAUAGAGUAUAGCUUAACAAAAAACUCAAGAUUCUUUCUACCCUCACUAUUCUAUGCUCGAUUGACCACCUUCGGACAAAAGAAGACAGAAAUAGCAUGGAUUCACAUCGACACCAAUUUAUUUUUCUACGAAUAUAAAAAUAUCAACGAAAAUGUUCAAUUUGCGAAAAAUUUCCAAUAUUUUGGUUGGGAUGUUAACAAGGAAAAUAAAAUUGAGGAAAAGUUGAGAUGGAUUGAAGAGAAAUUGAUUGAAUUUCAAGAUGUUAAAUGGAUUUUUAUAGCUGGACAUCAUCCGUUAAUUGGAGAUUGCUCAGAAACUUAUUACAUGCCAGAAUUGUUAUCUUUGUUACAAAAAUAUCGUGUCACAGCUUAUUUAUCAGGUCACGCACAUGUAUUAGAAUUAAAAUUACCAGAUUCAAAUAGCUCAAAUAAAUUGGCUCGAUUUAUUUCCGGGGCAGCUAGUAGAACAAGUUCAGGAUGUCCGGGCGAAAAGGAUUGGGGCAUGCCAGAAGGUACAUUUGGCUUCUUACACUUCACCAUAAAAGAUGAUGAUGAUUAUUUAAAUUUUCAAUUUGUUGACUCGACAACUGUUAACGAUAAAGUUGUUUAUGAGAACAAAUUAAAAUCAAUCCCUAUAUGGUACCCUAAAUAA